AUGGCUCCCUCGACUCUCAUGUGGACCGUCGUCGCGACCGCCUCCGCGCCCUUCUUCGCCCUCCUCCUGUGGACCUACGGCCUGCCUGUCAUCUUUCGCGCUCUGUCGCAGUCGAUCGGCACGACACUGGGAUGGUAUCUCCGGCGCAAGACAGAGGGCCGCAGGUCCAUGAUCGUCCGGAUGACUGAGGACGACGAGAAGACUUUCCAGAGCGGCAGCGGCAACAGCAGCGACCCCCCCGGCAAGAGCAGUAGCAACACUAGCUUGGACGACGGGUGGGAGAACAUCGAGGCAUCGACGGCUGGAACGUCCAAGAAUGGCGACACGGGCGACCAGGAAUGGUUUGGCAUCGUAGGCUUCUUCCACCCGUUCUGUAAUGCUGGAGGCGGCGGCGAGAGGGUCCUCUGGGCUGCCAUCAGAGCCACGCAGAAGAGAUGGCCCAAGGCCAAGUGUGUCGUGUACACUGGCGACCAUGACGUGACCAAGGAGAAGAUGCUUGCCCGGGUCGAGAACACGUUCAGCAUUCAUAUCCACCCUCCUACCAUCACCUUCCUCUACCUUUCCACUCGCCACUGGGUUCUCUCCUCGACGUGGCCGCACUUUACCCUGUUGGGCCAGUCGCUCGGCUCGCUCGUGCUCGGCUGGGAUGCCUUCUCGUUGCUUGUGCCCGACAUCUUGGUCGACACCAUGGGUUACGCCUUCGUGCUUGGCCUCAGCAAGAUCCUGUUCCCGGGCAUGCCGACAGGUGCCUAUGUCCACUACCCUACCAUCUCCACCGACAUGCUCGAGUCGCUCGACCCGACUUCUCCUCUGGGCAGUCAAGGGGUCAAUGCUGGGAAGGGGGUUGGACUCAGGGGGUUGGCCAAGAGGAACUACUGGAAGGCCUUCGCCGCGGUAUACUCCUGGAUGGGUGCCUCGGUGGACGUCGUCAUGACGAACUCGACCUGGACCCAGGCACACAUCAAAAAGUUGUGGGGGCCGAAACGCACGGUCCGAAAGAGAGAGCACCCCAUUGCCGUCGUCUACCCUCCUUGUGCUGUGCGGGAGUUGGAGAAAGAGGUCGACGUGUCGGAAGAGAGCGAGAAGCAGCGCGAAAAGGUGCUCAUCUACAUCGCCCAAUUCCGCCCCGAGAAGAACCAUUCACUCAUCCUCAACUCGUUUGCCGAGUUUGUCAGUUCUGGGUCCGAGGCUUCCAAGGACGCCAAGCUCGUCCUCGUGGGUAGUGUCCGCGAUGACAACGACUCUAAGCGCGUCUAUCAACUGAGGCUGCUGGUGAAUGAGCUACACAUUAAGGACCGGGUCACGUUUCAGCUGGACGCGAGCUGGCCCGACAUUCUGCAAUGGCUCCGGAGAGCUCACAUUGGCGUCAACGGCAUGUGGAACGAGCAUUUUGGCAUCGGCGUCGUCGAGUACCAGGCCGCCGGCCUGAUCGCCGUUGUCCACGACAGCGGCGGGCCCAAACUCGAUAUCGUUACCACGGUGGAGGGGCAGCCGACUGGUUUCCACGCAACCACCUCGACGGAAUUUGCCCAGGGCUUCGAGAAGGCCCUGUCUCUACCUGACCCUCUAUCGGUGAGGAAAAGAGCGCGUAUAUCAGCGACUCGGUUCACGGAGGAAGAGUUUGCACGCAAGUGGCUGGCACAGAUGGAGAUCCUAGUUGCCGCAAAGACUCAGGCUUCGUAG